CCUGAGUGGCCAGUGCUCUCGGCGCCUUGAUCUCCCAGGGUAACGCGCUCCUGGAGCGCGAUAUUGAUGAUGAAUGCGAUCAUCCCACCGAGUGUUUAAUGGCACAGCACUCGCAGUCUGCAACAACCUGAUAUUGUGUCCAACUUCCUCAUAUGAUGAAGUUCAUAUCGAUUUCUCCAAGGACGCCAUACAGUACAGAGGCAGAUUCCAAACAGUUGUGACUAUGCGGCAUCAGCGUCAUGAGAACACAGAUUAGACGAAAGGAAGGGUACCCUGAAAAUAAAUGAUCUGUAUUCCUGUACUAUCACGCGAAAUCUUCAAGGGUAGUAGACACGAAGCAUUAGGGUAGCAAAACCUCACAAUGGGUUCUGUGCAUCGGCCUAGUCGCCCUGGUAGACGCCAGUCACUCUCUGUCUCUAUACAACCUGACAUCGAGUCUGGCAAGGAGCUAAGCAAAGCUUUGGUCGAUGGCACUCUAUCACAAGAAUCAGAGUCUGCAUUGAUAUGCAUGAAUGAGCUUCGCGAGGGACUUUUGCGGCAGCCCAUCCCACAUGAGGUUCAUCAAGCUAUUACCCACGGCAAUCUCAGCCCAGGUCUUCGCAAUUUGCUGCUUGUACAGCUAUACCGUGGCAAAGGUGUUGCUGUAAAGCUGCCCUCGCCAGUUAAAAGCAGAAACAACUGGUCAACAAUAUUCAGCAAUAACAGAUGGCCCUCACAGCAUGCGAGCCAGUCAUUCAUAGAGGAACAAGAGGUACUCGGACCAGUCAUUACUCCACCUAAUCCAUCAAAUAAUACUUCGCCUAACAGGAAGAUAUUCAAUUCGGACAUGGCACAAGACUAUGAAAGUCCGAGGGCUUCGAUGAACAUAAAUUGCGGGUAUUCAUCAUCAAUUUCAAAGGCGCCAUUUGGAGCUUCGUCUUCAGUCCCAGCGAAACUCGCACCAAGUCCAGGGCCAGCGGAGGAUAUGGGUAAAGCAAUCAAACAACCGAGCGACAAAUUCAGGGACAAAACCGAGCCUGGAAGCAUUACGGGCAUUCUUCGAGGCUCUGGUGCUGGUCGAAACUUGAAACGAAAACGUGUCGAAAGUGUAGGGUUGAAUGCUACCGAAUCGUUUCAAUCACACUUAUUUUCUUCAAAUCUAAUGGACUUCGCGCAACCUAUCAUGUCAUCAAAACCUGGUAAUACAACAUCUGCCAUACCCUCGCUCAAGCAAUUCGCUCAAAACUCUAUAUCACAUUUUUUGUCGUCGAAACCAAGGAACAUUUCGGGACCGGCAUUGCAGGAAACUCAAAGUGUCCAGGAUACCAAUUCGGCCGCGGCUUCUCAAGCCAAUGCUAAGGGCAACGAGCUGUCCCAGCCGCUCGGAGGUAGACAAGGAUCCGGCGCCGGAAGUCUAUCGCUCAGGAUGGCGCAGAACAUCAAGAAUUCUGAUUUGAGUAGUGACCUAAGUCUUAGCGAGGAUCCUGUGAAGCAGGCCACGGACAAUGACGAUAAAUCAGUAAAUGCUGAGCAAGAUGAUAAUGAUGAAACUGACGAGGAUGAGGUCGAUCUUGAUAUUGAUAUUAGUGACACCCAUCCUACUGUCAGUGAAAACGGGUUGACGGCCUCGGGUGGAAGGCCAUAUAACAUUUGGAGGUUGGCAAAUGGCCAAGAAAUUGCCACUCGUGGUGCUAUCCUUCCAACCGAAUAUCAGCUUUACUUCGACGUUGAUAGACCAUGGGUUUGUCCAGUGCGCUCAUGUCGCAUUGUUUUCAAGACACUUGACUCAUUGGGUGGACACUUCAAUGCAAAGCAUCGGGGGGCAACGCUUAACGACAACAGAGAUGGCACACUUUCAGUAACCGGAUAUCAAAGAGGUACUGGUAGAUUGCCCGCCAUUGUUGUCUCAAAGAAAGCACUCGAUGCUUCUGAGCCACCCAUGCAGGAUCCGAAACAAUCUGAUAACCAAAAGAGUAACAAUAAUAAUACUUCGCCAGCGAAGAGGGACAGUGAGGGUAUGGUUAAAUACAUAACCAUGUCUGCAAAAAGUUCAUCAAAGAAGAAUGCUGCGAUAUCAGCCUCAACGCCACGCUCCGACCUAGCUGCUGCCAAUGUUGCAAUGGAUGAUAAUGCACAAUGGACAUGGAAGAAUAUUGUCCACAAACAUCUAAGAAGCACACCUAUCUCGCCCAUUCCCAAGAAAGGAUAUGUUUGCGAUCUUCUACCACUCAACCGUAAGCGUGGCGUUGUAUUCAAUCCUCUGUCACCCAAAUAUUUCGAAAGUUCAGGUCGACCUCAAGAUAUUUCCGCACUACUUAUUCAAAUCACUGGCAAUAAAGCCCGGACACCCUGCAAACGAUGUGAAGAAGGAAGAGGCCCUUUCAUUGGAUGUAUUGUCAUAUCUCUCCAGGCGUCAAUCCAUGUCAGGCGACAAGUAACCUCAUGUGCAAAUUGUUUUUAUAAAGGAAAUCAGAAGUGUUGCGAUCUCACCAAAUGGCACCAAGAUACAUACCCGGAACUACUCAAAACCCACAUUCCAAUCGAUGAUUCACCAAUACCGAUUGCUGAUCUGCAAAAUUCGAUCGCACAACCGGAUUCACUCACCGUACGACGGUCUGAGAGGAAGUUGCUGAAGCUUGAAGAUACUUCACCAGCAACCAAGCUUACCGCUGUAACAUUGCAAGACGAAGUCUCAAAUGAUAAAAACACCCCUACUCGGCAGUUACGGGAUGCUCGAAAUACCGGUACACUGGAUUUAGCGCCGGCAAUUUGGGAGAUCGCGCCUGGACGCAUUCGUACUGAUCCAGCCAACGGUGCUGAGAAUAUUGCAUUUUCAGCAGCGUAUUUGACCCACGUAGAAGAAGUCAAUAUCGGCCCCGAUAUAGGGUUUCACGUCCUUGCCCUCAAGUCAGGCAAGACACAUCGAUUCGAGCCGGUCACCAAUCGUACACGUCUAUGUUCAAUCGCAAAAGGAAAAGUAAAAGUGAUCACUUCUCAUCAGGACUUUGACCUCGGCUCAAAUGGCUUGUUCCGGGUGAAGCCAGGGGCUCUUUGUGUAGUCGAAAACCGAGCAUCUGGCGAUGCGACGCUACAUAUCACUGCUAUUACGGAUGAAUGUUCCUCAUUUUGAACUUGUCAUGAAUGCAAACUGGCAAGGUCUUAACAAUAGCUAGGCCUUGAAGAGAAUUGCAAAUUCAGGUGCUUCUUAUCGAUUUCAACCCUCAAGAAAAUUUCUAUUUCUUUUUUUGGCAAGGUGUCACUCAGGAUCAGCAACGCCUUGUAUUCAGUCUAUUCAAUGCGAAGCAAAAGUACCGCGGAAGCGAUCAAGAGAUUCUACUAAUACUGAAACUGUU